AUGGAUACCAGACCCAGAUACAGGCCCCCAGGCCGGCUGGGCGACUCCAAGAUGGAGUUGUUCCAAGAUCCGCGAGCGAAUACGAAAUUGAUCGAGGCGAUGGCAGAGUUCGGGAUAGAACGAAAUCGAGCACCUCCUUCGCUGGCGACCUUGAGUCCAAACUCAUCGGAGGAAGAGUUCUCGAGAAGCAUGGCCGAAGCAGAAUCUGGAUUCGAGCAGCUGUACGAGACUUUGCCGAACGACUUGCCACAGGACGCGCUAGAGUUAGAAGUUGUUGAAGAGGAGGAAUCGAUAGAUGGGCCGGCGAACAGCAAGAUACAGCUCCACAUAUUCCGACCCAGGCUGAGAGGCGGGCCCCUUCCAGGAGUGAUAUAUCUUCACUCAGGCCACAUGACGAUGCUCAAGACAAUGAACAAGGUUCACAGGCGGUGGUGCAUUUCCUUGGCCGCGCAGGGCAUGGUAGCAAUCGCAGUGGACUUUCGAAAUGCGUGGUCAGAGGCUGGAAUGAAUCCUUUCCCAGCUGGGCUGGAUGACUGCUGUGCGGCGGUGCAAUGGGUACACUCGAAUAAGGACCGUCUGAACAUUCGAAACAUGGUGGUCCAGGGCGAAGGGGGUGGUGCAAAUCUGGCACUUGCAGCAGCCUUGAAAGGCAACCGCGAAGGCUGGGGCUACAAGUUGGACGGAGUGUACGCAAGCUCUCCAGAGAUCAGCGGGGCAUAUAGCUGGUCUGAGGACAGGAAGUUGCUCGAACUGCCAAGUCUGAUUGAGUGUCAUGGAUACUUCGUGAACGUCGAUUUCCAGGCCUAUGUGGCGCAUGUGUAUACUCCAAGGUCGGCCGACUUGACAAAUCCACUGGCUUGGCCAUAUCAUGCAACGAAGAGGGAUAUGGAUGGUCUUCCGCCGCACGUUCUGGCAAUGAACGAGCUGGAUCCACUGAGGGACGAAGGUAUGGCCUAUUACCGAAAGUUGAGUGCAGCUGGAGUCAAGUGUACUGCUCAUGUGAAUCUGGGUCAUACUCACAGUGCGAGUCUCAUCUUCCGCCGGGCACUGCCAGAAGAUCACAUGGCUGCGAUCAAAAGCAUCGCUGCAUUUGCAAAGUCGGUGUGA